CAAGCACUCGUGAAUGAUACGUACAGCCGGCCUUUCCAUGAGGUAGUUACGCGUUCGCCAGAGUGCAGUGUAAUUAGUGCUAAAGAGAGACAUCCAGUGCAGUGUUAGACUAUAAACAUGUACGAGGAGGAGCUGCUGUACCUUCGCAGCCGCGGGAUGGCCCCCACCGGCCCCCUCGGCCUCCACCCUUACCUAGGAGGAGGUUUACCUGCCAAUCUUACCGAUCACCUGGAGAAGUACCGAUUUGGGUUCCACGGAGGCGUCCCCACCCACUCACCCUUCGGCCAUGGGUUCCCUGGUGACUACCUCAAGCCUCCGUCCCAGUGUGGAGGCUUCCACGCCCCGGGGCUGCCAGGGGGCAAGCCAGACCCCCGCAUCAAGGCUCGCCUCGAAAAUGAAAACCUCUGGAACCAGUUUAAUAAAUUCGGCACCGAGAUGAUCAUCACUAAGUUGGGAAGGCGGAUGUUCCCGACUGUGAAGAUGUCAGCGAGUGGUCUGGAGCCCAACACUAAAUACUUUGUGUUGAUGGACAUUGUGCCAGCGGACGACUCGCGUUACAAGUUCCAAGGAAAGGAGUGGGUGGUGGCAGGCAAGGCGGAGCCCCACAUGCCUGGCCGCCUCUACAUCCACCCGGACUCCCCGGCGUCAGGGGCACAGUGGAUGCGCCACCCCAUCAGUUUCCAGAAGCUGAAGCUGACCAACAACAACCUGGACCAACAGGGACACAUCAUCCUCAACUCUAUGCAUAAAUAUCAGCCAAGAAUCCACAUUGUGGCGGCGCCAGACCUGGUCUCCCUCCACUGGGCGGCCUUCAACACCUUCAACUUCCCCCAGACCUGCUUCCUGGCGGUCACGGCCUACCAGAAUGAACGCAUCACACAACUCAAGAUCGACAACAACCCCUUCGCCAAAGGCUUCCGGGAAAAUGGGCAGCUGCGUUCUAAAAAGAGAUCAGGCGGGACGUCGCCACAAACCGGUGAACUAACCGCAACGCCAGAGAAAACCAUCGAAGCAGACGACACCACCCUGGACAAGCGCGCCCGCCUCAACAGUGUUGAUAGCGGCGACCUGGACGCGUCUGACAUGGAGGACCGGCCAGCGUCCUCUAUGUCAGUAGAGAAGGACCCGGGUGACGAGAAGGUGGACGUGGAGAGCCCCCCGACACCACCCCCGCCCUUCCUGCCGCCCCCACAGAUCAUUAAGUCAGAGGUGGAGGAGACGCCCAUCUCUUUGGUGUCGCCACUCAUGUCCGCGGCAUCCAUGAUGGCGGCAGCGGUGGCAGAAACUAGAAAGACACUGUCGCCACCGUCAAUACCUCCGGAGCCUCGGCCACACGAGGUCAACAUGCUGUCUCCUGCCGCCCCACGCCCCUGCCUCCCGUCACCAACAUACUCCACAGGUCUACCUGGCAGCAUCCCGACAGGUAUGCCUGGCGGUUCAUUACCGUAUCCGUACCUAUACUACAGCCACAUGAUGUCCCCUUACCUGUUGAGUCGCGCACCUCACCUGACCGCGUCACCCCUAGACAAGGCUGCUGCAGCUGCCAGGGACAUGUACGGUUACCCAACUUACCUACGGUCGCCCCCUGGCCAUCACUCUUCACUCUCCGCCACGCCCUCCAGACCAGCGCCCAUCCACCCCUACAGCUACGCCCUGCCGCCCCAGGUGCCGGCCAACCUGUGAGGCGGACCACCCCGGCGCCGCCCUCAGACCUCCCACAGUCAGUCGUCACUCCCUCCCCUGGUCCGUGGUGCGGCCCCCCCCUCCCUCCCUCUCCUCUCAUCUUCAUGUAUAUAUCAUCAUUUAUCAUUUCGUGUUCACCAUAUGUUGCAAGUCCAGCACAUCGUGAUAUGUAUAGUGUCAUUAUUGUGGUCACUGUUUCAUGGUGGCCUAGCGCACUGUUAGGCCACACAUGAGCACGCUGCCGUCGCAUCACUCAGGUGCCAAAGAUAUUUUCCUUUGUACAAUUCCUCGACUAUUUAUUUUUUUUAUACUUUGAUGGUGCUUUUGUAAAUAUUGUAGGUGUACAGUUAUUGUUGUAGAAGACGGGUAACUCAGGAGGCGUGGCACUGUCCACCGUUGUUGUUUGGAAUAAAGAUCAACAAUUCUCA